CCGCCGCGCGCCCCGACGCCACGCGCCAGGCGCUGCCGCAGCGCAGCCGCGUGCUGCAGCGCACCCACGACGUGCUGCUGCUCAGCCUGGCGCGCCGGGAUGCUGCUAGGGCGGCGCGGGCACUGCGCAUCCUCAUGCUCGCAUGGGAGUGGAAGACGCAGGACCUCUGGCGCCUGGGCCUCGACGUCGCGGGCCUGCAUGCGCAGCAGCAGGCCGUCGCAGAGGGCCAGGCGCAAGGCAGCGGCAGCGGCAGCGACGCCGCCGUGCAGGCACGCAUCGCAUACCUGCGCGGCCUGAUGCGCCGGCGCGGCAGCCUGCGCGCCAAGCUCAUGCUCGAGCUUGUGCCGCUGAUGAUCCAGGCGGGCAAGGGCCGCGAGGCGCUCGAGGAGAUUGAGCUGAGCGUGAAUCGCUUCCCGUACCGCGUCGAGCCGGCGCUGCAUCUCUACGCCGGCCUGCUUAUCCUGCAGCUCUCCUCGCUCUCGCUGCCGCCGCCCUCGAGCGGCAGCUCUGGCAUCGCGCGGCCGCCCGGCGCGCCCUUCCUGCCGCCGUUCGAGCGUCCGCGCGACGACGCCAUCCUCGCCGCCGCCACGCACCACCUGCAAGGCGCCGUGAAUGCGGGUGCGGCGCAGGCGGGCAUCCAGCGGGCGCGUGCUGCUGUGGUGCGCCGGCGCGAGGAGCGCAAGGCGGCAAAGAAGCGCAAGCGCGCCGCAGACGGCGAAGCGACGGGCGACGAGUACGACGAGGCGCCGCCGCCGCCGCCGCCGCCGCCGGGCGAUCAGAGCGACGAGGAAGAGGGCGACGACGAGCUGCCGCAGGGCGAGUGGGCCGCCGAGCUGGCGCGCAGCUAUCUCGACAUGCUCAACGUGCCGACGCAGCUCGGCGCUGCGCCGCGCAACAGGGCUGACCGGCUGCGCGACCGCCUGGCGCGCGAGUCGCAGGCCUGACGACCACGACCUUCAGCCUCUGUCCCAACGCUUCCCCAGCCAUCUUUCCUCCUGCUCGUCACCGAUGUGUGCAAUUCAUUUGAUUCAGACAGCGCGCCUGCGUGCGACGGCAGAGCGACGGCAGGAAGAAGCGAGCAGCGUUGGUCUAGUGUCUCGUUCAGAGGCAGGUCCUCGCACAGACGCGCACACGCACGAUGCCGGGGCGGGUCCAUCGGGCGGUGGCGCAUGGCACGAGGGCCCGGCGCAUGGCCAAGCAGUGCCGCUUAGGCCUCGAAGACGAGGCUGAAGCCGGCCUUGUGGGCGUUGGCACCGCCGGCGUCGGAGAGCUUGACGGUGUCGAGCGCGAGGCCGAGCGAGGCCUUGACGCCCGGGCGCAGGGCCUGCGUGUAGCCGAGGCACAGGAUGCCGGCGUUGUUGAUCUUGGCCUUGACGAAGGCGGCGUUGUCCAGGUAGCUGA